GGUAUUGCAUUUUACCAUGAUCUUACAGACAAUGCUAAUAAAGUAGCUUUUCUUGAAUCUAUAAUAGAAUUGCGAAAGGACGAAUAUAAAAAGGAAGAAUUACAGAAGGCCUAUAAUUCCUUACCUAAAAAGGGUGUUGAAUUUUACUAUAAUCUUACAAACAACGCUGAUAGAGUAGCUUUUCUUGAAUCUAUGAUAGAAUUGCGAAAGGACAAACGUAAAAAACAAAAGGACAAACAUAAAAAACGAUAUGUUUUAGAUUAA